AUUCACCUCCUCAAUCCUCUACCCUGUCUUCUUAAUCAGUGCGUUGUGUCGAACAGAGCAAGAAAUAAAAGAUCAGCUGCAGUAGCAGAAAGAAGAAAAUGAAGACCGUGUUUUUAUUUUGUGCCUUCCUUUCAGCUCUCGGUCUAGUUCCAUUAGAAGGGAUCAUUUUGUUUGUGAAACAAGGGGCGUCCGCCCAAAUCAACUGUGGGGUCAAAAUCAAAAACCAGAAUGUAGAGUGGACAUAUGGAGACCAGAAAUCUUUGAUCGUACGGAUCAAUGGGAGAUCUGGAAAACAGACUAAAGGCAACAUCCCCAACAUCCAGGUAAAGCGUUCGGGAGAACAUCUUGAGAUCCCGAGUGUAGGAGGUGGAGAUGUGGGACUGUACACCUGCAAGGUGGACUCAGCAGAGCAUAAACACAGACUCUACAUUGUUACAGCCUCAGUGACCCCCUCUAGUGAUGUCCUUCUGGGCACUGCUGCCUCUCUCCACUGCCAGGUGACCGGGGAGCCCAAGCCCAAGGUGGAGUGGCUGCGUCCGGGCGGAGGGCUCACUGAGUCUUCUGGGCAGGUCCAGCUCAGCGAUGUGACCCUGAAAGACGCUGGGGACUGGACCUGUCGGAUCUCUAAGGAUGGGGAGACCCAUCAAGAGAUCGUGAACGUUCGUGUGCAAAGUUCCAAACCCACAGUCCCACCCUCUGGACCAAAAGAUGUCUCAGUGACUCGAUGCUCCAACUGUAGCACUGUCCUCCAGCCUGGAGAGACUGAAGGGGGGGAGGUGGUUGUACACGGCCAUGGGGGACUGUCCCUGUGGGGGUUGAGCCUGUGGGUGUGGAUAGCAGUGGGGGCCGGAGGCCUGGUGCUGAUCCUGCUGGUGGUGUUGGUGGUCCUCAUGCAGCGCAGAAACAGAAGGAUGAAGAGGAGAGGCCACAAGCUGAGAACCGUACGACAACCUUUGAAGCCCAAUGAAUACUGCCACUGCACCAACAGGGCAGUGGGUCCCCCUCCAAAAGGAAGACCAAGAGAGAAGCCAUCUCCUGUUGCCAAGCAACAGCACUCAACAGGUAGAUCAAAUGUAGGUAGUGGAAGGUAGAUCGACUUGGAAGGAGACAGAAAAAGAGAGCGAGAACGGGAGAGUCAGAGAGAGAGAGACUGAAGCGGAAGGAUGAAGUGUAAAAAAACGUUGAGAGAGAGAAUGUGGUCAAAAUUCCUUACAACUGUCCAUAAUAAAGAUUUUUUUUUUGUAACUUGUUUUCAUAAAAGAAAUAUACUGCUCAUAUAGUACAUUACCGCUGUAUCAGGACUGGCUGGAAGAUUUAGACAAUGUUUUAAAUGUGUAACUUUACAUAAAAUAAAAGGAAUCAUAAUUGUG